CACAGGCCGGCUCUCAUGCCCGCGCGGGCGCGGCGCGGCGCGGCGCGGGCGGCCGGGGCGGCGUGGGCGCCGGCGGGAUUCUCCAAGCGGCCGUGCGCCGUUGCCGCGGGCCGUGCGCGGGCUGCGGGCGAGCCGGGCGCUGCGCAGUCUCCGCAGGCGCCGGCGGGAGGGGUCGAGGCGGAGCGCGCGGGCGCGGGCUGCAGGGCCCAGGUGCAUGGAGUAGCUGACAGCGGGGACCGGCGGCGGCGAGCGGGAGGAAAUGGCGGCGGCGGCGGCGGCGCCGGGCGGCACCGGGAGGCCUGGCCUGUGACGCACGCGCCCGAGAGGGGUCCGAUGGUUCUCGAAGGCCCGCGGCGCCCCGUGCUGCAGGUUGAACUGCUCGAAGCAGCUCUGGAUCGUAACACCAUAGUCUGUUUGAACACUGGCUCAGGGAAGACGUUCAUUGCAGUACUACUCACUAAAGAGCUGUCCUACCAGGUCAGGGGAGACUUCAGCCGACAUGGGAAAAGGACGGUGUUCUUGGUCAACUCCGCAAACCAGGCUGCUCAGCAAGUGUCAGCUGUCAGGACUCAUUCAGACCUCAAAGUUGGCGAAUACGCACACCUAGAAGUACAUGCCUCUUGGACUAAAGAGAGAUGGAACCAGGAGUUCGCUAAGCACCAGGUUCUCAUUAUGACUUGCUAUGUCGCCUUGAUUGUUUUGAAAAAUGGUUACUUGUCACUGUCAGACAUUAACCUUUUGGUAUUUGAUGAAUGUCACCUUGCAAUCCUAGACCACCCAUAUCGAGAAAUUAUGAAGCUCUGUGAAAGUUGUCCAUCAUGCCCUCGUAUUUUGGGACUAACUGCUUCCAUUUUAAAUGGGAAAUGUGAUCCAGAGGAAUUAGAAGAAAAGAUUCAGAAACUGGAGAAAAUUCUUAAGAGUAACGCGGAAACUGCAACUGACUUGGUGGUCUUAGACAGAUACACGUCUCAGCCGUAUGAGAUUGUGGUGGACUGUGGGCCAUUUGUGGACAGAAGUGGGCUUUAUGAGCGACUGCUGAUGGAGUUAGAGGAAGCACUUGACUUUGUCAAUGACUGUAACAUAUCUGCACAUUCAAAAGAAAGAGAUUCUACUUUAAUUUCUAAACAGAUCCUGGCGGACUGCCGCGCGGUGCUGGUGGUGCUGGGCCCCUGGUGUGCGGACAAAGUGGCCGGCAUGAUGGUCAGGGAGCUGCAGAAGCACAUCAAGCACGAGCAGGAGGAGCUGCACAGGAAGUUCCUGCUGUUCACGGACACGUUCCUGCGGAAGAUCCACGCGCUGUGCGAGGAGCACUUCUCGCCCGCCUCCCUGGACCUCAAGUUUGUGACGCCCAAGGUGCUCAAGCUGCUGGAGAUCCUGCGCAAGUACAAGCCGUACGAGCGGCAGCAGUUCGAGAGCGUGGAGUGGUACAACAACCGCAACCAGGACAACUACGUGUCCUGGAGCGACUCCGAGGACGAGGACGAGGAUGAGGAGAUUGAGGAGAAGGAGAAGCCGGAGACCAACUUCCCUUCUCCCUUCACCAACAUUCUCUGCGGGAUCAUCUUCGUGGAGAGGAGAUACACGGCGGUCGUCUUAAACCGAUUGAUAAAGGAAGCUGGCAAACAGGACCCGGAGCUGGCUUACAUCAGCAGCAACUUCAUAACCGGACACGGCAUCGGGAAGAACCAGCCUCGCAACAAGCAGAUGGAAGCAGAAUUCCGGAAGCAGGAAGAGGUACUUAGGAAAUUUCGAGCACAUGAGACCAACCUGCUUAUUGCAACAAGUAUUGUGGAAGAGGGUGUUGAUAUACCAAAAUGCAACUUGGUGGUCCGUUUUGAUUUACCCACAGAAUAUCGAUCCUAUGUUCAAUCUAAGGGAAGAGCAAGGGCCCCAAUCUCCAAUUAUAUCAUGUUAGCAGAUACGGACAAAAUCAAAGGUUUUGAAGAGGACCUUAAAACAUACAAAGCUAUUGAAAAGAUCCUGAGAAACAAAUGUUCCAAGUCAGCUGAGACCGGGGAGACGGACCUGGAGCCCGUGGUGGACGACGACGAGGUGUUCCCGCCGUACGUGCUGAGGCCCGAGGACGGCGGCCCGCGCGUCACCAUCAACACGGCCAUCGGGCACAUCAACAGAUACUGCGCUAGGUUACCAAGUGACCCGUUCACUCACCUCGCUCCUAAGUGCAGAACCCGGGAGCUGCCCGACGGGACCUUCUACUCAACUCUCUACCUGCCAAUCAACUCACCUCUUCGAGCCUCCAUAGUGGGUCCCCCAAUGAGCUGUAUACGAUUGGCUGAAAGGGUGGUAGCGCUUAUUUGCUGUGAAAGACUGCACAAAAUUGGUGAACUGGACGACCAUCUGCUGCCAGUGGGGAAGGAAACGGUUAAGUAUGAAGAAGAGCUUGAUUUGCAUGAUGAGGAGGAGACCAGCGUCCCCGGCCGACCAGGUUCCACAAAGCGAAGACAGUGCUACCCCAAAGCAAUUCCAGAAUGUCUGAGGGAUAGCUACCCCAAACCCGAUCAGCCCUGUUACCUGUAUGUGAUAGGAAUGGUUCUCACGACCCCAUUACCUGAUGAACUCAACUUCAGAAGGCGGAAACUCUAUCCCCCUGAGGACACCACAAGAUGCUUUGGAAUACUGACAGCAAAACCCAUACCUCAGAUCCCGCACUUCCCGGUGUACACCCGCUCUGGAGAGGUCACCAUCUCUAUCGAGCUGAAGAAGUCCGGCUUCACACUGUCUCUCCAGAUGCUCGAGCUGAUUACCAGGCUCCACCAGUACAUAUUCUCCCACAUCCUCCGCCUCGAAAAGCCUGCGCUAGAAUUCAAACCCACAGACGCCGACUCAGCAUACUGUGUUCUACCUCUGAAUGUUGUUAAUGACUCCAGCACUCUGGACAUUGACUUUAAGUUCAUGGAAGAUAUUGAGAAAUCAGAAGCUCGCAUAGGCAUUCCCAGUACAAAGUAUUCGAAAGAAACGCCCUUUGUUUUUCAAUUGGAAGAUUACCAGGAUGCAGUUAUCAUUCCACGGUAUCGAAAUUUUGAUCAACCUCAUCGGUUUUAUGUUGCUGACGUGUACACUGACCUUACCCCACUGAGCAAAUUUCCUUCCCCCGAGUAUGAGACGUUUGCAGAGUAUUACAAAACCAAGUACAACCUUGACCUGACCAAUCUCAACCAGCCGCUGCUGGAUGUGGACCACACGUCCUCCAGACUUAACCUUCUGACACCUCGCCAUCUGAACCAGAAAGGGAAAGCCCUUCCCCUGAGCAGUGCUGAGAAGAGGAAAGCCAAGUGGGAAAGUCUGCAGAACAAACAGAUCCUGGUCCCUGAGCUCUGUGCUAUCCACCCGAUCCCGGCCUCCCUGUGGAGGAAGGCAGUCUGCCUGCCCAGCGUGCUGUACCGCCUGCACUGCCUCCUGACCGCGGAGGAGCUCCGCGCCCAGACGGCCAGCGACGCUGGCGUGGGGGUCAGGUCCCUCCCUGUGGACUUUAGAUACCCUAACUUAGACUUUGGGUGGAAAAAAUCUAUCGACAGCAAAUCUUUCAUCUCAAUUGCUAACUCCUCCUCAGCUGAACACGAUGCUCACUGUAAGCACAGCACAAUUGUCCCUGAACAUGCUGCACACCAAGGUGCUAAUAGAAUCUCCUCUCUGGAAAGUCAUGACCAAAUGCCUGUGACCUGCAGAGCGCUGCUCAGUGAGCCAUCCGGUAAGCUCCCCAUUGACGUGCCCACAGAUCUCACAGCAAUUAACGGUCUUUCUUACAACAGAAAUCUUGCCAAUGGCAGUUAUGAUUUAGCUAACAGAGACUUUUGCCAAGGAAAUCAGCUGAAUUACUACAAGCGGGAAAUACCUGUACAACCAACUACCUCAUAUCCCAUUCAGAAUUUAUACAAUUAUGAGAACCAGCCCACGCCCAGCGAUGAAUGUACUCUACUGAGUAAUACAUACCUUGAUGGAAACGCUAACACAUCUACCUCAGAUGGCAGUGCCGCGAGGGCCACUGUGCCCGGCACCACAGAAGCUGUUGCCGCGCUCAAGGACAGGCUGGGCUCUGCGCGGAGCCCCCCUCCUGGGUACUCCUCCCGGACUCUGGGCCCGAACCCCGGACUCAUCCUUCAGGCGCUGACCCUUUCAAACGCCAGCGAUGGAUUUAACCUGGAGCGGCUCGAGAUGCUGGGGGACUCCUUCCUCAAGCACGCCAUCACCACGUACCUGUUCUGCACGUACCCAGACGCACACGAGGGCCGCCUGUCCUACAUGAGGAGCAAGAAGGUCAGCAACUGCAACCUGUAUCGGCUUGGGAAGAAGAGGGGGCUGCCCAGCCGCAUGGUGGUGUCCAUAUUCGACCCCCCCGUGAACUGGCUUCCUCCCGGCUACGUGGUGAACCAGGACAAAAGCAACGCCGACAAAUGGGAGAAGGACGACACGACAAAGGACUGCCUGCUGGCUAACGGCAAGCUGGACGACGACUUCGAGGAGGACGAGGAGGAGGAGGGCCUGCUGUGGAGGGCCCCCAAGGAGGACGCCGACUACGAGGACGACUUCCUGGAGUACGACCAGGAGCACAUCCAGUUCAUAGACAACAUGCUGAUGGGCUCGGGGGCGUUCGUGAGGAAAAUCCCGCUCUCGCCGUUCUCGGCCACCGACGCCGCCUACGAGUGGAAAAUGCCCAGGAAGGCCCCCGUGGGCGGCAUGCCGUUCGCAGCAGACUUCGAGGACUUUGACUACAGCUCCUGGGACGCCAUGUGCUACCUGGAUCCCAGCAAAGCCGUGGAGGAGGAUGACUUCGUGGUGGGCUUCUGGAACCCGUCCGAGGAGAACUGCGGCGCGGACACGGGCAAGCAGUCCAUCUCUUACGACCUGCACACGGAGCAGUGCAUCGCCGACAAGAGCAUCGCCGACUGCGUGGAGGCCCUGCUGGGCUGCUACCUGACCAGCUGCGGCGAGCGGGCCGCCCAGCUCUUCCUCUGCUCGCUGGGCCUGAAGGUGCUGCCGGUGGAGAAGGGCCCCGCCCGGGAGGCUGCCAGCAGCCAGCAGAGGGGCCUCGCCGGGAGCCGGGCCCCCGCCGGCAGCCCCCGGCCCGCCACGUGGAGGGCCCCGGAGUACGGCUGCCUCAAGAUCCCGCCCCGCUGCAUGUUCGACCACCCGGACGCCGACAAGACGCUCACGCACCUCAUAUCGGGCUUUGAGAACUUUGAGGAGAAAAUCAACUACAGAUUCAAGAACAAGGCUUACCUGCUGCAGGCUUUUACACACGCCUCCUACCACUACAACACCAUCACCGAUUGCUACCAGCGCUUGGAGUUCCUGGGAGACGCCAUCUUGGACUACCUCAUAACCAAGCACCUUUACGAAGACCCGCGGCAGCACUCCCCGGGCGUCCUGACCGACCUGCGCUCCGCCCUGGUCAACAACACCAUCUUCGCGUCCUUGGCCGUGAAGUACGACUACCACAAGUACUUCAAGGCCGUGUCCCCCGAGCUCUUCCAGGUCAUCGACGUCUUCGUGCAGUUCCAGCUCGAGAAGAACGAGAUGCAGGGGAUGGACUCCGAGCUCAGGCGGUCCGAGGAGGACGAAGAGAAGGAGGAGGACAUUGAGGUCCCCAAGGCCAUGGGGGAUAUUUUCGAGUCGCUUGCUGGUGCCAUUUACAUGGACAGCGGGAUGUCGCUGGAGAUGGUUUGGCAGGUGUACUACCCGAUGAUGCGGCCGCUGAUAGAAAAAUUUUCUGCAAAUGUGCCCCGUUCCCCUGUGCGAGAAUUGCUGGAAAUGGAACCAGAAACCGCCAAAUUUAGCCCGGCGGAGAGGACGUACGACGGCAAGGUCAGAGUGACCGUGGAGGUGGUGGGGAAGGGCAAGUUCAAAGGCGUGGGCCGCAGCUACAGGAUCGCCAAGUCCGCGGCGGCAAGGAGAGCCCUCCGCAGCCUCAAAGCCAACCAACCUCAGGUUCCCAGCAGCUGAAGCCCCUUUUUAAAACUAAAACACAAAAAAAGCAGAAUAAGGUAGAAAAUAUUUAGAUUGAAAAGGAUGAUUUAAAGUUGAUACUGAGCGGAAUGAAUCGAAGGCAGAAUUUAAAGUUUGUUUGAUAACAGGAUAGAUUACAGAAUAAAACAUUUUAACAUAUGUAUAAAGAUUUUGGAACUAAUUGUAGUUUUAGUUUUUUGCGCAAACACAAUCUUGUCUUCUUUCCUCACUUCUGCUUUGUUUAAACCACAAGAGUGCUUUAAUGACGACAUUUAGCAAGCGUUCAGAACAAUUAUGACGGUUUGUUUUGUUCUCAGUAUAAUUUCCUCACCUUCGCUUAGUGUCAGGGGGCCAGGGAGCGGAGCACUCACACGUCCCUCGAGUGAUGCGCGAGCCCUGGUGCCCCUCUGUCUGCGGAACUGCCAGCCGCACUGGGGAGCCGAGAGGACGGUGCCCACGCUCUGCGUGAGGAUGGUGUUCCCAGCACUACUGCACCUCAGAGUGAGGGACAGGUGUUGAUGGCACUGGCUGGCAAGCUGGUGAAUCCAGUGUCGGUUUUCUCGUGCCACGUGAGACUAAGGUUCUUGCCUUAAAAGUGAUGUCCUCAUGGAUACUCUUUAAUUUCUGAUCGUUUUGGAACAAACUGAUCUUACAUUCCCUGCAUUUUAUUGUGCAUUAGAUGCUGAGACUGUGGGAUUCACAGCCCACUAGUGUAGUUGUAACUUAAAACAGGAGAUUUGGAUUUCUGGCACAUGUGUACUAAAGACAUUUUAAAAACCAGAAUCUGUAGACUGGGUUUUUAAAAAACACCAUAAUAAAAAUGGUCUUUGGCUAAAUACCCAGUUUUACGAAAAAAACAAACACACCUCCUGCUAGGUAGUUCCACUGAUAGGAAUUGCUUGUGGCAAAUAAUUUUGCCCCGUAGGCUGUUUCUCUAACAGAAUAAACUUUAGACAUAUCACACCUAAAAUAUGCUGCAGAUUUUAUAACUCAUUGGUCACCCAGCACCUUCCCCCUCCGCCUUCUCCCGUGAGUGUCUCUGCACUGUCUGCCAUGCUGCGUGUGCCAUUACCAAAGCUGUGCCGGCUGUGGGAGUGGGAGCGAGACAGACUGCCGCGUUGUGAUGCAUCCCAGACUGAGCUUGUUCGUGUAGGGCUCCUAGCGCAUUACUGCCCUCUCCAGAAAAGGAACAGAAAAGACGUGUUAGGCGUUCGCCUGAGUCUCUGUAAUUAGACCCAUAGCACUCUCCACCUAAAUACCUCAGUUCUCCUUUCUUCUGCAUGCGUCCCCUGUUUGGUGCUAUGUUUAUGUAUUAUGCUUGAAGUUUUAAUUUUUUUGCACUGUACCUGUAAUACCUCUUAAUUUACCUUUACACGAGCUGUGGGCUGGUCUUGCCUCCCACCGGCUACCAGUGGAGGCUUGCUGCAAUUCGCCCAUUAAUUAUGCUUGAAGGUUAAGAAAGCUGAGCGGAGGUGGCUGAUGUUCCCCAGCACGUCGUUCUGAACUUGAUCUUCUCGCAGUGCUGCAUUUCUGUGUAAAUUGCAGUUGAAUACUGUACCUCCCGCUGUCUGCCCCCCCCCCCCCCCCCAGCAGUGCUCUGACGUGUCUGCCAGAGGCUGCUGCUUCGCUUGCAGGAGGCCUUGAGAGACCCCACUUGUGCCCCGGCCUUACUUGUCCCCCGUCUGACAUUGGGAUGGAUCCAGGUGAUUAACUGCGUUUCUGAACAAAUUAAUUUGGGUGGCCUCAUUUUCAAAAUAUGGAAUUCUGAUUUGGAACCUUAGAUUUCUGUUUCGCUUUUUAAAAAUCAUAACAUAAGGUCUCCUGGCGAGUUAAAACCAAGCGUUUGUUGAAUUACGGAACUGUAACUGUGUCCGUGAACAAGAAGGCCGGUGUGAUUGUACUUGCGGAGGCCUUGUGGUGAAGGCACGUCGCAAAUCUCCGAAUAGCGAAUAGCGCAGCGGCCUCCUGCCUCUGGGCGCCAAGGGCUGUGUGGGCCUCCGGCUGAUCCAGCGCACGGCUGUCUCACAGUUACAGUUCCCGCUGGGGGAAAGGCCUCAAUGUAUUUUGUAACCUUAAGAAGAGUAUUUUUUGUUAAUACUUUAUAAGUUCAGGCUUGGAUAUGAUUAGGUCAUACAUUCUCAGGGGUUCAGACUUCCCGCUACCAUUCAAAAUGUUUGACCAACAGCAAACUUGGGCUCUUUCUGUUUUUGUUGUUUUUUGCUGGAGAAAAUGAGCUGAUUGUAAUUGGUGACUCCACUUGGAAGCAGUCUGACCCCUGCUGCUCCGUCAGGAAAGGAAAGCUAUGCGUUCGGCGUGUGAGAUGGUGAUGAACGCUCUGUGCUGCUGAUCCAGUGUGUCACGGCCCCCGCUGAGCUUGUGGAAAUGUCUCCCGCUGUUAAUUAAGGAAAAAGAUCCUUUGCUUUGCCCGCCCCCCGUCCCACUGCGUGUGCCACCCCCCCGCCGUCCUGUGAUGGCGGCGGGAGGCGGAGGCAGCGGGCGCUGGGGAGGCAGUGGGCCGGACCUCAUUGUAAACGUCUGUAACGUCAUGCGUACCUCCACCGCCCUCACUCCGCUGCGCUUGUACCCGCCCGCAUGAGCACAGAGAGCAUUGCACUUGGUACCAUGCUUUACCUCAUUUCAAGGAAAUAUGCUUAACCGAGAGCAAAAUGUGGUUUGGCCUUGCUGCUGUUUUGAUUUGCCGCAUUUGAAAGAGAUAGUUCUGAUGCCUGCAGUGUGUCAUGUAUACUUGCACAACUUCAAUGGAUCACUCUCGUCUGUGGCAUUUUACUGUUUGUGAAAGUAUGACAAAGAUUUGUUAACUGAACUCUUACUUAUGUUUAAAAUGUUUGUUACUUUUCCCCUUUAUAUUUUGUGAUGUGAUUAAAUGUAGGAUGACCUCUAACACUCCUGUACUUCUUAUUUUUGAACAUACUAAUCUUUUAUUUUCUUAGUAGCUUGCUCUCAGAGAGAUUCAGAUCACCCGGCCUACAUCGCAAGAGACGUGGGCUCCUUGGGUUCUGCUAGGUCAGUUCAUAACCCGGCCGCCCCGGGCAGCCAGCCCUUCAGGGGGCCCGGGAGCCAGCGGGGCUGCGGCCGGCAGAGGAAUCCAGCUCAGACCCACCGCCUUCAGUCGCGGGCCAGGGCUGUAAACUUUACAUCUCUCUGUGAGGGGAUCUCACUCUCACUCAGAGUGUAACCCACCAGACUGAGACCUCGGAGUGUGUGUUUAAGCUGCGUCUGGAAUUAUGUCGAGUCCUUAACCAGCUCUGGCUGCGGAGGAGAGGCGCGCGCUGCGUUAUCACCUAGACGGUUAUGUUAGUGACAUUUAAGUAGGUGUGUUUCUCAACCACUGAUUACUUUUCGGGAGUUUAAUUGUUUCCAAAUGAAUUCCUUUGUUUUAUAUUGCACAUGAAAUGUUUUUAAGACACAUGGAAGACCGAGAUGUUAAAAUGAUCUUAAGAGUUGGAGACGCUGGCCAGGAGCGAUGUCUAGGGAGCUUGCGUUGAGACUCCGUGUUUUCCACCAGCAGUGCAAAUGGUCUCGCGAAACUGACUUGUAAAUAUAUUUUAAUCAUUAACUGCUUUUUUUCUAGUCCGUUUUUAUUUGGACAUCAACCAGGCGGCUUAAGUUCUGUAGGUGCGCGCAGAAUUCCCUGCGGCAGCCGGUGGGUCACAGCAGAACUGCGAAGGCGAACAGGAGUGACAUCGCUGGCGUGUCUGGUCAGCAUGUGCAGGAAAGGGACUAAAAUCAAGUCAGACUCGCGUGUGCUUUGACAAUAAAGUCGUGACCACCCCGCCGCUGCAGCUGUUUGUAAGGAACGAGGCGGAACUGCUCACAGUCAUCGCAGAAGGCUGCCGUCUGCGCUCACGGCCACAUUACCUCCCAGCCUGUCUUUUUGUAACAAUUGUAGCCGAGUAAAUCUCCAAUAAAGUUAUGGUCUGUUCACUG